UAGAAAAUGAACAAACACAAUUUACAGAAAAUCAUGUUAUCGAAUCAGCUGAUAAACCUUGGUUAUUAUAACGUUUGCCACUGUGAGGUUUAAAUAUAUAUUAUGUUAAUGCGAGGAGACUUGAAAUGUGAAUCUUACCACGAUGUGUUUAUGAACUGCUGAUUUAAUUUACAUAGAUCAAAAUAGAGCUACAUUUGUUAUCGAUAUUCUUUGGAAAUGAAUGGCUAUUAGUGUGUAGACAAGUCAACAUAUUUUCCAGAGGGCUUGUACAUGCUGAACUUGCUACACAAUAACGAUGACGUACUAUUCAAGAAGACGACGAAGAUCUCGCGGUGAAUUUAGAAAUGGAACUAAUCAACAUGCUCUGAGCUCUGGGCACGUACACAGAGGAGGCAAGGGGCGCGGUGGAAAUAGCAAUAGAAGAUCCGAGACAUUUAGAGGAAACAGAGCCCGAACUCGAGGACCGCGUAAUAGAUAUAACCAUGGAAGACACAUAAACAGAACGGAAGAUCCUCUGAAUAUGAUGUUAAAUCUUCAGAAGGAAGAUAGUGGUGUUGUCGCAGUAACUAUUGCUCAAGAUCCAUCGCUGCUCUGGAAAUGUAAACGCUUAGUCCAACAAAACAGACAGUAUGCAGAGAAAUUCUUCGGUUUACUGUUGAAGGUGUUUGAUAAUUCAUCGGCACAUUCGUCUCAAAAAGAAAUUGCAAGAUUAUUGGAGCAAGAGGAAGUUCUACAAUUCGGCCUCCAACUAGUACAAAACAUGGAAUUAGAGAAUAAACAGAAAUGUGUUGUAUUGAUAUUAGAAUUGAUGGUCAAACUCAGCCGAGUUGUCCCCGGUAGACAAUAUUUUUUAGCUAUGGUGGUUUCACGUAUGGAAGACAACGACUGCAUUUCAUUUUACUCAAAUGACGACGAAACACAGAACCACAUCAGUAUAUUGCUUACAAAACUAAAAUAUAUCUUGUCAAAACAAAUAAAGCAAGAUUUCACAACGAAAUCAAUCGCACCAACGGAGGAUGACAUUGAAAACGAUCCACUGCCUCAUUUGCAGGAAAACAUUGUAUCUAAACCUUUUGACAACACUUUUCACUAUCUUGAAACUCAUUUUAAUUUGUACAGGGAAGAUUAUAUAAACUCGUUAAGAGAGGGAAUACAUCAGUACAGACAAAAUAAAGUACUCGAACAUGAAAAUAAAUCAUACAAAAAGAACCAUUCAUACAUUAAAGAUGUUCGAGUGUAUUAUGGGAUGUCAUUAUCAUGUCCGGUCUUCGAUGAUGGCUUAAACUAUGUACUCUCAUUCAGGGGGAAAUUUACUCGAACAACCGAUACAUUUUUAAAAUUUGGCACUCUUGUAGCAUUUUCUGAUGAUGAAUUUAAAACAUACUUUUUUGGCACUAUCUCAAAAAGAAACAUUCGCGCUGGAGAAAUAUAUGUGAAGAUGAUUAAUAAUUCUUUUGAAGUCAUGUGGAAGAAAUUUCAUCUCCCAAUUACUAUGAUAGAGCCAACCAACGGAUAUUUCGAAUCUUACAGGCAUGUACUAAAAGUUUUACAAAGCUUUGCUAAAAUGGAAAGUGAAGGAAAACUACUACCAUUUCAGAAGUAUAUUGUACAAUGUUCAAAAAUAGUGCACCCACCUUCUUAUCUCGAACCUAGUACAAUUUACUACUUGAAACAAUCUAUUCAAUCGCAAAACCAACACGUACCACAUGCUAUUGAAAUAGAUAACGGCGAUUCCGAGAGGUCUUCACCAUUUGAGAGUGAUGACGACAGUGAGCAAAAUCAUUCAGAUGGAACAAGAGUGUUGGACAAUGAAUGGCCUUUGCCAGAGGAACUGGAAAUGGAUGAAAACCAAAUGGAUGCCUUCAAAACUGCAUUAUCAAAAGAGUUUAGCUUGAUUCAAGGCCCACCAGGAUGUGGAAAGACGUAUAUUGGUUUAAAAAUAGCUGAAACUCUUCUUAAAAACAGUGACCCAUGGACCGGUCAAAUGAUGAUUGUAUGCUACACCAAUCAUGCACUCGAUCAAUUUUUAGAAGGAAUACUAAAAUUCACAAAAAAUGUGGUUAGGUUUGGUGGUAGAAGCCGUAAUGUAUCUUUAGAACCUUAUACAAUUACUGUUAAACGUCGAGAGAUACCUGAAAAAUUAAAGAGAUUGAAAUCCAAAGCUUGGCAAAAGAAAAUGUCGUUACAGGAUGAUUUAAAUUGCAAAUAUGAAAAUAUAAAAUACAUGAAAGAAAUGAUUUUGCAUGAAGAAAUUUUAAAGGAUAAGAUGGGGAACGUAUAUGCUCAGUUUAAAUGGCGUCAACGCCGAAGCAAUUGUCCAGGCAUCGGUAUCUGGCUUGGAGUUGAACCAGCCCAUGUUGUGUCACCUUGUGAUUUUAUAAAUAAUAAAUUUGGCGAUGAUAAAGGUGACAAAGGCGCACGUAGAUCAAACAUAAGAAACAUAAUACAAAAUAACUUUCGUACAAUUGAAACGUUUGUUUAUGAGGCGUCCGAUGUAUUCGAUGUAUUCGCGCUUUCUUAUGACAGAAGGUGGCAGUUAUAUUGCUACUGGGUUAAGUUAUUAUGUCAAAAGAAAGUUGAGGAUAUGGUAAACCAGAUAAAUGCUUUCACUGAAGCAUGUCAACAAUUGAAUGAAAUCAAUGUGUUGGUCGAUAAAGAAGUGAUUCAGACUUCAAAGGUUAUCGGAUUUACGACAACAUGUGCAGCAAAACAUUGGGACAUGUUGCAAGAUGUUAAACCGACAAUUGUGAUAAUUGAGGAGGCGGCCGAAGUGUUUGAGUCGCACGCGGUCGCGAGUUUGUCAUCUGGAUGUAAACAUUUAAUUCUUAUAGGAGAUCAUCAGCAGUUGCGUCCCACACCUGCCACGUAUACCCUCGCACGCAAAUAUAAAUUAGACAUCUCUUUGUUUGAGAGAAUGGUUAAGAAUAAAAUGAAUUUCAUAACACUAAAUAAUCAGCACCGAAUGCGUCCAGAAAUUGCAGAAAAUCUGAAAACGCGUUUUUUCUAUCCUGAAUUAAAAGAUGCUGACAAUGUAUACCAAUAUGGAAAUAUUCUUGGUAUCCAAGGAAACAUGUUUUUUGUUAACCAUGAAAUUCCAGAGGACGAAAGAAAAGAUUCAAUGAGUAAAGUGAACAUCCACGAAGCGGAAUUUCUAGUUGCACUGUGCAAGUAUUUACAACAACAGGGCUACAGUAAUUCGGAUAUAACAAUUCUUACUUUGUAUAAGGGUCAGGUUAAUAUGAUUAGAGAAUUAGUGCAUAAACAAUUAGCAAACCCAGUAAAUAUCAGAGUAGAGGAUGUAGAUAAUUUUCAAGGCGAGGAAAGCGAAAUAGUAUUGCUGUCAUUUGUUCGAAGCAACAAAGAAGGGAGGAUAGGAUUUGUUGGUCGAAGAAACCGGAUAUGUGUUGCUUUAUCUAGAGCUAAGAAAGGGUUAUAUAUGAUCGGUAAUACUAGAGCUCUGUGCGAUCGGAACCAUCAAGAAUGGCAAUCAAUUAUAAAUCUUAUGAAAUCGAAGAAAAUGGUAGGUGAUUCAUUAACACUAAUUUGUCAAAGGCAUCCAGAAACAAAGCAUCCCGUUAAGUCUAAACAUGAUUUUCAAUGCAUACCAGAAGGUGGCUGCCAGAGAAAAUGCAAUGCUCAUCUUAAAUGUGGCCACGUGUGUUUCCGACAUUGUCAUCCAACAGACCUCGAUCAUGAUCAAUAUAAAUGCGAACAACCUUGCUUGAAAAAAUGUGAAAACGGUCACAAAUGUCAAAGAAGAUGUUUUGAAACCUGCGCGAAAUGUACUGAGGAAAUUAUUGUUACUUUGCCCAAGUGUAAACAUACAGUUGUUAUCAACUGUUCUGAUUCUAUUGACAAUCUUAUGUGUUCAGAACGAUGCCAAAAGCGUCUACCGUGUGAUCAUAUUUGUAACAAAAAAUGCUCAGACCCAUGUGAACCGUGUACAAUCAAUGUCACCGUUUUAAACCAUCAAUGUGGACAUGUAAGUGAAGUGCCGUGUUAUCUUCAAAACAAAGGAUGUCUCCACGAAUGCAAUAAAUUGCUUGCAUGUGGUCAUACAUGCAAAAAAAGAUGUCAUGAAGAAUGUGAACCUUGUCUCUCUAUUAUCCAAUAUACGCGAACAAAAUGUGGACACCUCGAUGAAAAAAUGUGUCAUGCAAAUGAAAAAGACGAAAAACCAUGUGCUCAGGAUUGCGGACUUGUUAUGGACUGUUUGCAUUUAUGUACAGGUAUAUGUGGGGUAAAUGAUAGCAACGUUACUUCUGAUUAUUGUGUAGCAAAGCUUAGUUCUUGCUCUAAAGGUCAUGAAGUCAGUUGCGAUGUUCCUUGUGAAGCCGUGUUGCCAUGUGCACACCAAUGCAAAGGAAAUUGCAUAACGUGUGAAAAGGGCAGACGUCAUCAAAAGUGUAAAUUGGCUUGCAACAAGCUGUUGCCAUGUGGUCAUAAAUGUAAUGCUAAUUGUAAUCAAUGCAUGCCAUGCAUGAAAUCACGGAUUCGAAAAUGCUGUCAUCCGAAUGAACAAAAUUGCAGCGAAAAUGUGGUAUGCUCAGAACAAUGUGUAUGGCGGUGUAAGCAUAAACAAUGUAAUAAAAAAUGUGGUAUGAUAUGCGACAGAACCAGAUGUGACAAAUUUUGCCAAAAUGUUCUUUCGUGUGGGCACUUCUGCAUUGGUAUGUGUGGCGACCCAUGCCCAACUGCGUGCAUAGUGUGUGAUAGUGAAGCGUUUAAAGAUAUCAAAGGACAUGAACGAUUUGUGCAGCUUCUAGACUGUGGAGAUAUCAUAUCAGUUAAGCACAUGGAUGAAUACAUGGAUUUGCCAAUUAGCAAAUUUGGAUUGAAGAAGUGCCCUCUUUGUUUAGAGCCUGUUUUAAAUACACGUGGUAAUAGAUACGAGAGUCGGAUAAAUGAAAUUGUUUUCAUGUCGCAUACGGAAAAUACUUUCUGUCUCCAAAAGACAAAAACGGAUGAGCUUCUGACAAUUUUUUUCCAUAAUAACUACCCAACGAAAAGCUUCGAUUUGUUUGACUAUAACUCGGUAUAUCUUGUACGAAAAGAAAACAUAAUAUCAGCGAAUAAAGCUAUUAUAAACAGAUGUGUUUCGAAAUUAAAAAGCUAUACCACACAGAAAGAAUGGUUUAAGGACUUAAAUAUAUUUAACCAACUCGAUGUAAUUGGUACUCAACAAGAGUUGCAAAGAUCCCUGGACUGUGAGGUUUUAAUCAAUUUUCUUACACAUAUGACGACAGAAGACAUCGAAAAAUACCAAGAAAAGAUGAACCAAGCUACUGAUAUUUUAGACACACCUGGUCCAUAUGAUGAAAAGACAAGGGCAGCGUUUAUCUCCUUUGUAUCAUCUGAGCUGAGCGAUCCUGGCAUAUCGCAUAAGCUAUCAGUUGUUCAAUUGAAACUACAGGAGAUUGAUUUUAAUGGCACAGAUGAUGAGAUGAAAACGAUAACAAACGUUCUGAACCAGGAACCAGCUAGAAACGAAGACGGAAACCAUAUCAUUACACUUGUGACUAUGGUAGGACCACUCCAUUGUGAUGAAGAUGGAGAUACACUAUUACUGCGUCCAGAUAAAGUUGGAGUGUCAAUUCAAGCGCUUGACGAACUCAGAAGUAAACAAAUUCCACAAUUAAGCGAAGAAAAGAAAGCUUCGAAAUUGGUUCAGUCACCAACCAGUAGUAGAACUUCAGGUGACAAACGGUCGAAUAAACGAUUUGCUGAGUCCACAAAUGACCCACGUGUGCAGUAUCAAGGACUGAAUAGCCCUUUUAGUGCUAGGAAGGCAAAUCGUGAAGAACAGUCGGUGGACAGGCAAAAGCAUAAACGCCAUUUAUCGACACAGAUGGAUCCGGAGGCCCAGAGUAAAAGACCGAGGCUUGAAAAUCACUCAAUCGACGGGCGUGGUAGCAAGCACCUUUCUGCUGAUGAUUUGAGGAACAAACUCUUGCGUAGGUAGAAGCCAUCAGAAAGUUUGAAUGGAACCAUCUUUCCGUCUUAAGACUCUACACAUUGUACAAAAAAGACUCGGAAUUUAAAAGAACUUAUGCUUGCACAAAUAGUGCCGUAAACAAUGAAAGUCAAUCAAGUUUGUUGGAAUAUGACGACGAUUUGUACGAUGUAGUUGAUUCUGUGGAAUGCGAUGAUGUAAAUCAUCACACACAUAAUGAUAUAGAUACAGAACCUCUAAAACUAAUCGAAGUUGUUACAGUGUAAACGAAAAGACCAUCCGAGUUUGAUUUGAAAUCAAAACAUACAAUAUCAACCAAGCAAAGGGCGAUAUGUUCAAAUCAAUUUCCCGAAACAAUCGAUAGCAGGGAGGGAACUCGAACUGUCACAGAUGAAACCUGCAUCAUACCAGAUGAUAAUGUCAAAGAAGGUGAAAUCAUACCAGAUGAUACUGUUGAAGAAGGUUACAUUAUACCAGAGGAUAAUAUCGAAGAAGGUAAAAUCACACCAGAUGAUAAUGUCGAAGAAGGUGAAAUCAUACAUGAUGAUAACGUUGAAGUAAAUGAAAUCAUACAAGAUGAUAUUCUUUUAGAAGCUAAAAUAAAAAACAAACAAGCACCUGUAAAGCGUGAUUGUGUAAGGGUUCGAGCGCAUGUAAGCGUGAUUGUGUACGGGUUCGAGCUUCUGUAAAGCGUGAUUGUUUAAGGGUUUAAGCGCAUUUAAAACGUGAUUUUGUACGGGUUCAAGCGCGUGCAAAGCGUGAUUGUGAAAGGGUUCAAGCGCGUGCAAAGCGUGAUUGUGGAAGGGUUCAAGCGCCUGUAACGCGUGAUUGUGUAAGGGUUUAUGCGCAUGUAAAACGUGAUUUUUUAAGGGUUCAACCGUCUGUAAAGCGUGAUUGUGUAAGGGUUGACGCGACCAACGAGAUCGAGGAUGGUGAAAUUUUAAGCGACGACGAUUUGUGAACUUGGUCUUAAAGAGUUUUGUGAUGUAUAAUGCUUGGUUGGUUAUGUUAUUUAAGACGAAUAUUAAUUAUUGGUGAAUGGUCAUUUAAAAGUUACUAUUUGUUUGUAAUGCAACGUUUUAGAUGUGUUUUUAUAAAUAUCUGUUUUUAUACAUACGAUGUUUAUGUCUUUUUUUUAACGCGAUAAUGUGAAUUUUACAACGACCCUGAGUGACAUAUUAACUAGCAUUGAGUACAAGUUUACAAUUAUUGAGCAUUUUAUUAAAAUUUAAUUGAGGUGUAAUAAUGUUUAUUAACAUCGCUUUAUGCUGAACAUUUAAGUAUUUCAGAUUGGUAAUGGAUUGUGAAUUAGAUUUCCUGUGGCAAUUAUACACUGCGGGUGCGCGUCAUGUUUAACGUAACUAGAUACAAAUGAAUUGGACUGGUAGAUCUGUAAAACAAUGAUUUUAUACUCUUUGAAUAAUUUUCUGACUGCAUUGUUCAGAUUAAUUUUACUGACGAAAAUAUGGGGUGGCAUAUGAUCGCAUUUUUUACUGUACAUAUAUUAAUGAUGAUGUUAUAUGUGAUGUGGUUUAUAGAGAAUAGUAUGUGUGUUUUGGAUAAAGAUCAAGUUUAUCAUGCGAGGCUAAGAACCAUGGUAGCGAGAGGCUUGCCGAGCCGAGCAUGAUAAACUUGAUUUUUAUCCAAAACUCACAUAAUAUUCUAUAUAUCCUAUUAUUUCCUCAUCUUUUCUAUUACUAAAUAUAAAAUAUCGCAUUUUUGAUGAUUUUGUUUUUCCACAGUUGACAAAAACAGAUUCUCCAAUUUUUGGGGAAAAAAUCAAAUCUGAUUUAAAAAUAUCGAUAGUAUAGAGCGCAAGUUUAUACGAUCGUUGUUAUACUAUCGAUUUUCAUCUGGUAAUAGGAUAAAAGAACAUUCUAGUGUUCGAUAUUUUCGUC